AUGAAUGCCAAUACAACCAUCGUCAUAGGUGCAAGCAGAGGUAUUGGUCUCGAGUUGGCAAAAUAUAUCUCGCAGAAGCCUGAACACCAUGUCCUCGCAACUAUGCGCAAGCCCUUCGAUCUGGGCAAAGCCAAUGUUGAUGUACUCGAGCUCGACCAGACCAACCAGAAAUCUGUCGAUGCUGCAGCUGCACUCGUUAAAGAAGCGGACACAUUGAUCGUCAAUGGUGCCAUUGGCGAAGAUGAGCUCCUCACCAAGAUCUCUUCCGACCGACUUCUUCACUACCUUGAUACAAAUGUUGCUGGUCCUCACCGAGUCGUCAACGCCUUUCUCCCUGCAUUGCGAGCCCGCAAGACUCGAAAGAUUAUUUACAUCUCUUCCACAGCGGCUUCACUUGCCGGCCAAGUCGGCGAGAAAUGGGGACUUCGCGGACCCUAUGCGACCUCCAAAGCUGCCGGCAACAUGUUGACCGUUCAGUUCCACAACGAGCUGCACGAAGAUGGUUUCACUGUGGUGGCCAUCCAUCCGGGCUGGGUCGACACCGAUAUGGGUCGGGUCGGAGGCGACGGUGCCAUGCCACCGCUAGAGUCCGUGCAGAAGAUCAUGAAGAUCGUCGAUGGACUGACUAGUGCUGAUGGAGCCAAGUUUUUCAAUAUAGACGGCACAAUUCUGCCCUGGUAA